GAGAAGCCUUCUCAGCUCGAGAUUAAUUCAAUGGCUUCACCCAGCAACUACUCCACUGCCCCAGUCUCCGAAUUCCUCCUCAUCUGCUUCCCUAACUACCAGAGUUGGCAGCACUGGCUGUCCCUGCCCCUCAGCCUCCUCUUCCUCCUGGCCAUGGGGGCCAAUGGUAUUCUUUUGAUCACCAUCCGACGGGAGGCCUCUCUGCAUGAGCCCAUGUACUACCUGCUCAGCCUGCUCUCACUACUGGACAUGGUGCUCUGCCUCACCGUCAUCCCCAAGGUCCUGGCCAUCUUCUGGUUUGACCUCAGGUCCAUCAGCUUCUCUGCCUGCUUCCUCCAGAUGUUCAUCAUGAACAGUUUCCUCCCCAUGGAGUCCUGCACCUUCAUGGUCAUGGCCUAUGACCGCUAUGUAGCCAUCUGCCAUCCUCUACGAUACCCAUCCAUCAUCACUGAUCAGUUUGUGGCCAAGGCUAGUGUCUUUAUUGUCGCACGAAAUGCCCUUCUCUCUGCACCCAUUCCUAUUCUCUCUGCCCAGCUCCAUUAUUGUGGAAAAAAUGUCAUUGAGAACUGCAUCUGUGCCAACCUGUCUGUGUCCAGGCUCUCCUGCGACAAUUUCACCCUGAACAGACUCUACCAAUUUGUGGCUGGCUGGACCCUACUGGGCUCAGAUUUCAUCCUUAUCUUCCUCUCCUACACCUUCAUCCUAAGAGCUGUGCUUAGAUUCAAGGCCAAGGGGGCUGCAGUCAAAGCCCUGAGCACGUGCAGCUCCCACUUCAUCCUCAUCCUCUUCUUUAGCACCAUCCUGCUGGUUGUGGUGCUGACAAAUGUGGCCAGAAAGAGGGUCCCUAUGGACAUCCUGAUCCUGCUCAAUGUCCUUCAUCACCUCAUACCUCCUGCCUUGAACCCCAUUGUAUAUGGGGUUCGGACCAAAGAGAUAAAACAAGGAAUUCAGAAAUUGCUGCACAGAGAAAUGUGAAUAUGUAGAAAAGGUGUCUAAAUCCUUCUCCCCUAUUUGCUUAGUGAUUUUCCUAGGUAGCAAUGCCUA